GAACUGCAAUCUAAAUACACUGGCAUGACCUUAUUGUGUCUGUUUUCCCAAAUGACACGUCAAAAUGUUAUGAGUCCUGUGGAGAUCAAAGAAAAAAGAUGUUGGACUUUACUUUUAACUAUUAAUUAAACUUUAUGUGGAUCUACUUCCAUGUCCACUAGUAAAGGCAAAAUGUGAUUAAAAGUGGUGAACAUUUAUUUUCAACCUACAUAAAAAUCUUUAAGUUGACGUCCAUUUGUCAAUGCCCCAUCUAUCUUCUCUUCUCGUAUUAUUUCUUCUUCUCCAGUGUCUCUAGAUUUGUGAGUUUGACAGAUGGGGCAGUGGGAAAAUCCGCUUAGCAACUUUCUGCUGAUGGAGGUUCAUUGAGUAAAGCUCCACACUUUCUCAUUAAAUCACCGCAGUGAGGCCUCGCGUGCUUCUGUUCAACUUUAACGGAUACAGUUUCAAGAUAAAGGACAUGUCUGCUGAAAAGAAGCCCAAAAAGAAGAAGCCUGAGUCGACUCCAGCAGAGACCAACGGGAUCGAAGCCAAAUCCAAAAAGACCAAGAGCAAGAAGAGCGGCGAUCUGUCGGCCGAGAGCGACCUGGUCACUCAGAAUGGAGAGAAGGUGAAGAAGAAGAAACUGGAGAAGGACAAAGAAUCAACAGAAAAGGAGAAGGAAAUCAAAAAGAAAGCGAAAAGCGCUCCAAAGAAGAAGAAGAGUUCUACAGAAGAUGAUGAUGAAGAGGAUGAUGAAGAGACCGCUCCACAGAAGAAGACGAAGAAAAAAACUUCAAAAGAAAGUUCUGAUGGAAAGGAAAAAGAUAAGAAGUCCAAAUCAAAAGAUGUCAAAGAGGACACAGACAGUAAAGGAAAAUCUAAAGCCAAGAAGAAGGAACCAGCCUCCAUGUUUCAGAUCAACGGAGACAAGCCUGAAACCAAGAGUAAAAAGAAAGCUGCUAAAUCUGAGAGUGAAGAGGAGAGCGAACCAGAAAUCAAAACCAGCAAGACGAAGAAGAAGAGCAGUUCAAACCCAGCGUGCAUGUUUCAGACGGGAGGGGGCAAGGACAAGGACAAGGACAAGGACAAGGACAAAAAGACAAAAAAGACUAAGCUGUGGUAUUUUGAGGAGCGAGCACCUUCUCCUCCCAUCGAGUUUGACAAUCUGGAGGAGUUCGUUCUUCAACCUGCACAACAAGGCGUCACAGUAAAGUGCAAAGUGACCCGUGACAAGAGAGGGAUGGACCGAGGCCUUUACCCAACGUACUACCUGCACCUGGACAACGAAAAGAAAGUAUUUUUGUUAGCGGGAAGGAAGAGGAAAAAAAGCACAACCUCAAACUACUUGAUCUCCAUAGACCCGAGCGACCUCUCCAGAGGAGGAGAAAACUUCAUUGGGAAGCUGAGGUCAAAUCUGAUGGGAACCAAGUUCACAGUGUUUGAUAAUGCACUGCAUCCGGACAGAGCUCUGCCGGACAUGUCUAACGCGCGGCAGGAAUUAGCAGCUAUUAUCUAUGAAACAAAUGUUUUGGGCAUGAAAGGACCAAGGCGAAUGAUUGUAAUUAUUCCUGGCAUGAACAAAGAUGGAGAACGAGUCCCUAUGCGGCCGCGUAGUGAAAAUGAUGGCCUCCUCAUUAGACAUCAAAAUAGAAAUAUGGAAAACUUGAUAGAGCUGCGCAAUAAGACGCCAGUGUGGAAUGAAGAAACAGCGUCACAUGUGUUAAACUUCAACGGCAGAGUCACACAGGCCUCCAUCAAAAAUUUCCAGAUUGUGCAUAACAAAGACCAGGACUACAUAGUGAUGCAGUUUGGGAGAGUAGCAGACGAUGCCUUCACUCUGGACUAUAGGUAUCCUCUGUGUGCGGUACAAGCCUUUGCCAUCGCUCUCUCCAGCUUUGAUGGCAAAAUCGCCUGUGAGUAAAA